AUGCGUAGAAAAGCUAUAAUCGAGGUUGCUCUUGCUGACAAAAGUGGUAAGGCUGUUGCUAUUGAUGUGCUUGAUAACAGUGAUGGUUCAUUUACUGUGAAGUACACUGCUCCGAGGCCAGGAAAAUAUCAGUUGAACGUAGUUUUCGCUGGCGCUCAAGUACCACCGAUAGAAAUCAACGUUGAGCCGCAGGUGGAUAUCUCGGGCAUCAGAGUCACAGGUCUCGAAAACGCCAUCGUAACGGUGAACUGUCAGCAAGAGGUCCACGUUUUCACACCAGAUGGGGACAAUACUCGUAUCGUUAUCAUCAGUCCCUCUGGCAGCAUCGUUGAAGCUAUCAUAGAAUCUACCGAAACUGGUUUCCGCGUAUGGUUCACUCCAUCUGAAAUCGGAGAUUAUACCAUAUCUGUUACCUACCGCGAUCUUUCAAUUGGUGCUCCAUACCUUCUUCAUUCUGUACCGGAUGGAAAUACAGCUGAAGCCGAGUAUGUUGUCGCGAGGAGCGGGCCCCCAAGGGCUGAUCUGGUUACAGUUACGGGACCUGGACUUGGGCCUGUCAUCGUCCAGCGAUCAACGCAUGUUUCUAUCGACACAACAAGCGCUGGAUUCGGUGAUAUUGAUCUUUUCGUUGACGGGCCAACUAGGACUCCCAUUCACUGUGUGGACAAUCACGAUGGAACACUUACGAUGUAUUACGUGCCGCAAACUCCGGGAGUGUACUUUCUGCGAGUGAUGUUUGGAAGCAACCAUAUUGCUGGCAGUCCAUUUCAAGUGAUAGCUGUGCCAGCUAUGUUGGCAUCGUCGUUAACGGCGGAACAUGAGAUUUCGGAGAGCUCGUUUACUUCGCUGUCCAGUGGAUCAUCAACUCCAAAGACGACUCCUUGUGCAUGA